CGCAACCGCGGGAAAAUCCGACUGCGCCGUCGGGGCCACCGCCUCUUUUGUCCGCUCUUGCUUGCCUGAGGCUGCCCGCUGUGAUGGAGGAGGAAGCGGCGGAGGAGCAGCAGCGAUUCUCUUACCAACAGAGGCUAAAGGCAGCAGUUCACUAUACUGUUGGUUGUCUGUGUGAGGAAGUUGCAGUGGACAAAGAGAUGCAGUUCAGCAAACAGACCAUUGCAGCAAUUUCGGAGAUGACCUUUCGACAAUGUGAAAAUUUUGCCAAAGACCUUGAAAUGUUUGCAAGACAUGCGAAAAGAACCACAAUUAACACUGAAGAUGUGAAGCUGUUAGCCAGAAGGAGUAAUUCACUGGUAAAAUACAUUACUGAGAAAAGUGAAGAGAUUGCUCAGAUUAACCUAGAACGAAAGGCAAAGAAGAAAAAGAAAUUAGAGGAUGAAAACAAAAAUUUAAAUGAGCCAGCAGAGCCUGGAGCAGAGGAAAGUGAGAAUUAAACUCUCUCAACACAUGGAAAAUGCAGUUUUAGCAGGUAGAGUCACCUAGAAGUAUGUAUUGUCACAAAAAGAAUUUUGAAGGGAUAAGUAGAAAUUAAAAAAUAAAAGGCCAGGCAGCUUUUUGUCCUAUCUUCUCUAAGUCAUUAACUGCUAAAUCUAGUUUAAAAGUGAACUGGAAAUUCUUAAGCAAAAUACUCCCAAGCCCACACAAAAGUCAUGUGUUUGGAGGAUAUGUGCUGGAAAUUUUGUCUUUGCAAUUAAAAAAAAAUUGUGCUAGCAAUUAAACAUGGUUGACUUUUUUUUUUUUUUUGUAGAGACAGAGUUUCACUUUACUGCCCUCAAUAGAGUGCCAUGACCUCACACAACUCACAGCAACCUCCAGCUCUUGGGCUUACGCAAUUCUCUUACCUCAGCCUCCUGAGCUGGGCAUUGGUGGCAGGUGCCUGUAGUCCCAGCUACUCAGGUGGCUGAGUCAAGAGAAUUAUUUAAGACCAC